AUGGAAAAUAUCGACGAAUGUGCCAGCGAUCCCUGUUCGAAUGGAGGAGUGUGUACCGAUUUAGUUAACAGCUUCACCUGUUACUGUGCCGAUGGCUAUGAUGGGAUUACGUGUGAUUCAGAUAUCGACGAAUGUGCCAGCGAUCCCUGUUCGAAUGGAGGAGUGUGUACCGAUUUAGUUAACAGCUUCACCUGUUACUGUGCCGAUGGCUAUGAUGGGAUUACGUGUGAUUCAGAUAUCGACGAAUGUGCCAGCGAUCCCUGUUCGAAUGGAGGAGUGUGUACCGAUUUAGUUAACAGCUUCACCUGUUACUGUGCCGAUGGCUAUGAUGGGAUUACGUGUGAUUCAGAUAUCGACGAAUGUGCCAGCGAUCCCUGUUCGAAUGGAGGAGUGUGUACCGAUUUAGUUAACAGCUUCACCUGUUACUGUGCCGAUGGCUAUGAUGGGAUUACGUGUGAUUCAGAUAUCGACGAAUGUGCCAGCGAUCCCUGUUCGAAUGGAGGAGUGUGUACCGAUUUAGUUAACAGCUUCACCUGUUACUGUGCCGAUGGCUAUGACGGGAUUACGUGUGAUUCAGAUAUCGACGAAUGUGCCAGCGAUCCCUGUUCGAAUGGAGGAGUGUGUACCGAUUUAGUUAACAGCUUCACCUGUUACUGUGCCGAUGGCUAUGAUGGGAUUACGUGUGAUUCAGAUAUCGACGAAUGUGCCAGCGAUCCCUGUUCGAAUGGAGGAGUGUGUACCGAUUUAGUUAACAGCUUCACCUGUUACUGUGCCGAUGGCUAUGAUGGGAUUACGUGUGAUUCAGAUAUCGACGAAUGUGCCAGCGAUCCCUGUUCGAAUGGAGGAGUGUGUACCGAUUUAGUUAACAGCUUCACCUGUUACUGUGCCGAUGGCUAUGAUGGGAUUACGUGUGAUUCAGAUAUCGACGAAUGUGCCAGCAAUCCCUGUUUGAAUGGAGGAGUGUGUACCGAUUUAGUUAACAGCUUCACCUGUUACUGUGCCGAUGGCUAUGAUGGGAUUACGUGUGAUUCAGAUAUCGACGAAUGUGCCAGCAAUCCCUGUUUGAAUGGAGGAGUGUGUUCCGAUUUAGUUAACAGCUUCACCUGUUACUGUGCCGAUGGCUAUGAUGGGAUUACGUGUGAUUCAGGUUAA